UUUGACUGACACUGAUAACGCAUUACAAACAUGAACUGGCACUAUGUUUGGAGUUUUAGUUUUACCUCAAGAGUUGGUGUGCUACUUCACCACAGGACUGCUGAAGGCUGAUCUCAAAGCUUUUUGAGAUGAAGGACAUGCGGUUUUCAUUCAUUUUCAUCAUAGUGUUUUUUCAACACAUAACCACACUUGUGCCUGUCUCUGCAAACACUACUGACCUUGCAACUCCCCCACCCACCAUCUCUACCACCAUCCCCACAAAUACUACCAUUCCCAGCUCCUCCAUCAAUGCUACAUCUGCGUCCACCACUGCCCCCACCACCAGCACUCUUUCCACCACCGCCAUCCAAACAACCCACCUUCUUCUGAGCUGCACCAAUGGAGGUGAGCUACAGAAUGGAUUCUGUGUCUGUCCAGUUGAAUGGACUGGAAGAAACUGCUCAAUAGAAAAUAUCUGCAUGGAAGAAACCAUUCAAGGGUUUACUUUCCCAAGAACUAUCAUCGGUUGGUUCAGUUAUUCUAAGCAGAAGUGUGGACCUAAUACAUCUAGUGGGAAUGUGCCAAGAGCUUCAGCAAGGUGUACCGGUCAAUAUGGGACUCCAAAGUUUGAUGCCCCAAAUGUCUUAAAGUGUGACAUAACUCUCAGCAACAUUCAGGGAAAUCUAACCAGCACAGCUAAUUUGCUGCAGUUAGCGAGUAGUGCUCAGAUUCUGACGUCAAAUCCGGAGACUCUAACAGCUGAUAAUGUUACCAAGGCGAUUGACAUCACCAACACCCUCCUUGAAAGGUCUUCCAAUAUCUCAGAGGCAGUUGCCGUGGCAGCAUUGACCACUGUUAGUCAGCUGCUGGAUGCUUCUGUACCGGACAGUGAAGCAGAGACGUCUGGUAAAAGACUAACUGAAAGUUUACAGAAUAUCUCACUGGGGUCAGACAACACAUCUCUAGUGGUCCAGCCCAACCUCGCGGUCCAGUCUGUCGUACUAACCAGUAACAACAUAGUCGGCGUCCAGUUCUCUGCACAAACAGGAUUAUCUAGUAAUUUUUCUGCUGAUAGAAUUAGACUGAAUACCAAUGCGUCUGAACUUGGGUCUGACAAUGGAGAGGCCACUGAUGUCCAGGUAUUCAUUAGAUUAUCACCAGGAAUGCGGCAUCAAAGUUCUAGCAUCUCUGUUGGCUUUGUGCUCUACCAGAACGACAGGUUCUUCAAGUCAAGGGAUUUCAGAGCCCUCUUGGGCAGUCGUAGAAGGGUCAUCUCGGGAAAUGUGAAAGGAGCUGGAAGGAUGGGGGUCGACCACGUGGAAAUGGUCUUCAAGCCAGUUAAUGUCCCCACCACAACCCUCUACGACUUUGCAUGCGUGUUCUGGAACUACAACAAAAGUGAAUGGAGCACAGAAGGGUGCUCCAAAGUCAACGUUUCCUCUGAGGCCCUGCGUUGUGUUUGCAAUCAUACCACCAACUUUGCUGCGCUAAUGUCCUACAGGGUUGAAUAUGUCUACUCUGAAGCCCUGGACUGGAUUACCUAUCUGGGGUGUUCCAUGUCUGUUGUGGGCUUGGUUAUCACAAUAGUUUUUUACGUCAUGACCAGGAAAUCCGGUAACAGCAGCCCAGCAAUCCUGAUGGUGAGCCUUUGUGUCAGCCUCCUCAUCUUCACCCUCCUCUUCCUGCUGGGGAUCAACAACACCGACCCACAGUCCCAUGAACCUGAAGACUUGGACGCCAACGUCAUGCCUUCCUCUGACCUGCACAUCGACCCAGACCACGGACCCUGCACUGCCGUGGCAGUCUUACUGCAGUACUUCCUGAUGGCCACCUUUGUCUGGAACUCUCUCUAUGCCUGUCACAUGUUCCUCCUGCUCUGGAACCCCCUGAGGAGACCCCCAUCCUACCUCCCCACUAUCACCGUGGUGACUGGAUGGGGAGUUCCUGCUCUUAUCGUUUCCAUCACGUUGGGAGUCACCUACAGAGUGGACAAUCCAUUAAACUACCGACGGGAAGAAUUUUGCUGGCUUGCUGCUGUAAACCAAGAGGGGCAGUUUGACUUUGCAAAGCCAAUGUUCUGGGGGUUCCUCAUCCCAGUGGCUCUAAUUCUGAUCUUUAACACAGUUAUCCUAUGCUAUUUUAGCUACAAAACCUGCAGGACCGACCCGGAAUUAACCAGCACUAAACAGUCCUCCAACAAGAAAAAACUUCUGAGUAGUUUCUCAUUAUCAGUGGUGCUGGGUCUGUCCUGGAUAAUAGGCUACCUGAUGCUCAUCAUACCAAACAAGAACAUGCACUUCAUCCUGAGCAUUGUCUUCUGCCUGUGUACCACCACACAGGGACUUCAGAUUUUCAUACUGUUCGUAGCAAGAACGUCCAUCUUCAGGCAAAAGAUGUUGGAUCUUCCUAUCGGCCGCCAUAUCGAAAGUUACACUCUACGGUUUAAACACAAAAACAGAAAUACCAUCGAUUCCUUCAAAGAACUGGAUACAUUUAGCUCUAGCCAGUCUAAACUGUCUGUUUCAGCAGACACAGUAUUAGACCGCCAAUUAUAAGAAAUACCGCUAUACUUACCAGUGAACUAUAAGUUUACGAAAUAAUUCUCUCUUUACUCCAUCAUCACUACUGUUCCCCUGUUCUGCACACAGACAUGUACUUUCUGGUGUUUACCUUGUGUACGUGCGUAAACAAAUUGUCUGGGCAGUAUUGCUAUCUGUAUUGUUAGCUUAUAUGUUUUAAACCAAUUGCAUCCUUUUGAAUAUUUGUUUGAUAGUGAAUAAACUGGAACUGUUGUUCCAGUUGUUCAGAAGUGGAUGUGCAAUGCACAUAACGACAGUUGCAGACUCAAUGCAUUGAUUAAGCAAUGACGACACACUCAUCUGCAUGCACUCAUUAUCCGUGUGCUGCAUGGUCUGCUGUGACUGAUGCCUGUGUUUAAUCCUGUAUCAUUCCAUACUUUCCCAGCGCUGCACAUUAGUACGUGAUACAUUCCUCUCGUUCUGUCACCUCCUCCAACAUCUCAGCUGUGUGGUGUACGUGAAACAGUUUCUAGUUUCUGUGGAUUUUUUUUGUUUCCUGUUGUCUAACUGAAAUAUAGAAUUUAUUCAAAUCUGAGCCUUAUUCAAGUUUUAUUUAGGACGUGGUGUGAAAGGGAAACGUUCUUUUAUAUUCAAAUUUGCGGGUGUUCAUUGCAUUUCUGUCUUAUUUACUUGUACUCUAGGCCAGGGGUUCUCAAACCUUUGGGGGCCAGGGACCCCGCAUAAUCGUAACACCCAUUCAGCACACCCUUCAGGGGCGGUUCUAAGCAUGGGCAAACCGGGCAGCUGGCCGGGGCGGUAUGAAGAGAGGGGCGGAAUUUUCGAGAUUUUGAGGGAAUUUUUAGUUUGGCGCCCUCGGCUGGCAUAAAAAAGGUAUCGUGUCAAUAUUUGUUUUAUUGAUGCAAAUGGUCCCUAUCUGUAGAUUAUAAUGGAUUUUUUAUGUUUUUAACUUAACAAUGUUAUAAUUUAUGGCUAAUUAUUUCUCAGACCCCUUGGCUAUGGGUGGUGGGGUCUGUAGGGUGCGGGGGAAACAGACAGGACUCAAGACACAAGAGGCAGAGACCACGUUGUCAGUUUCAUAGCUCAAGAACCCAGAUCAGGGGCGAUCAGACCUUUAGGGGUGCUCAGCCCCCAAUGACAAUGUGACAUGAAC